AUAGUUAAAAUUAGAUGUUUUACUAGUUUCAACAAUAGCAACUGUAAAGAUUUAUUGCAGCACUUCUUCCUAAUAACAGGAUCAAGCAUGGAAUGUGAAACGGUCUUAGAGAAACAGAGUAAAAACAAUUCCGACGCAAUGUGGGAGACAUUGUUCAUAACACUAACGGACGGCGUACAGAAGUGUAACUCCAACAUGGAAACGAUAUUGGAUAUGAUAAAAAAAGACCUUACCUACGACGACCCUGGAUUGUUUCCGUCUACACUGCUUGUCGAACAGGUUGAACGGGAUCCGGUCAAAGCUUGCAACUUUUGGCUUUUGAAUCAAUUAUUGCAAAUUGCUUCACUCGAAGAAUACCGAGAAAUUAAGCAGAGUAACUUCGAACUCCAACAAACAAUUCUAUCGGCCAGUUUCCUAAAGCAACACUGGUUUUUCUAUGAAGCCGUUUCGAAGUACCUGGAAAUUUUAGAUCAGCUGAAUGGUUUUACGGAAAAUACGCAGCUUCAGCUGAAAGCUUUCCAAACGCCGUUAGAACACUUCAGUCGGUUCAACAGCCCGUGCGUAUUUACCGCGGUUGAGAUAAAGGAUAUCGUCACGAAACGAACCUUGACAGAAAAUUGCCUGCACAUACUGAGCGAGGUGGUGUGUCUUAUCGAUGAUAGAUCUAACCAGUUACUGCGCGAGCGCUGCGCUGAGCUGGUUCUUACGACACUGAAUUCUGGUUCCCUAGAGGAGAAAACAUAUAGCCUUAUGUUCUUCGCGAAAUAUCUUAAAUUAGUUAGCGAUGUUUCACGUAAUUUGGAACCACUGGCUGUAGAAGUACUGUCUAUCGUGGAAACGUCCUUAGAACGUUCCAGCCGUUGGUUAGACAGUCAAUUAUUUCGUCCUAAAGCGUUGCAACAUUUCAAAAUGGCAUUGGUGGAUUUUUUCUCCAAACUGAAAAAUACGUUGUUCAGUUAUUCGUUUCUUGAGUGUCACACCAAGUUAGUUCUAUGUUCUGUUCGAAUAAUUAUGAAUUUGCUAUCAAACAAGAAAAAUGAUGAAACUGAGAAUCAAAAGUUGUUUGAGCAGAUUAGACUAUUUUUGAAGGUGCUUAUAAGUAAGACCGAUUCAAGUUCAACAACCGAUGGAUAUGAAGACAUCUUUCCACUCAUUAGACAAUUACCAGAUAUGCUUGAAUUGCUGGAGAUACCUAUUACAAAUGAAGCUCUUGAAGUUGCAAAAGAAAACGACACAGUAUCACUGCUAGAUUGCAGCUUUUUCUGGAAGAACACGUUGGACCUAUUAGAAAACAAAGAGAGAGCUCCCAGCGGUGUGCAAAAACUAAAUAUCAGACAGCAGAUUCUUCGAUUAGCCGUUAAUGUUGAUCACAAUUUCUCCGUAUGGAAGCAGAAAUCAAAAUUAAACAACAAGCAAUUGGUGAUUUUCGGAAAGCACCUGCAGAAAUUUCUUCAUGAUAUGUUUGAAGACAUGGAAACAAUUGACUUUAGCAUAGAAAUCAUUGCUUAUAUGUUGGAUAUUUGUUUUGAUGCUUUACGUUUGAUCGAUUUUAGCUCUCUAGAAGAAAAUUUCCAAGAAAAAAUUUGUGGUAGACUAUUUUUGCCAUUUUCUCAAGAGCACAAAUUCGACAGUAUUUCAAUUCCGGAAGAAGUAUUAUUAAAAUGGAACCAACUUCAAUUAAACGAAAGAGAUGCGGGAAUUUUGAAAUCUCGAACUAUAGAUGAGCUAUGCUCGUUGAUUGUUGAUCAUAUUUCACAGUCCCUAGCUAAAAAUCUCAAGAACGCAACAUGGGGAAUUAUUACGAAUAUCCUUGCUUCUACUGAAGUAGAGCGAAAGCAGACUCUGCUCAAAUGUUACUCAAAUCUUUUGUUAUCCUACAAAUUCCCUGCCACAGAAUUAUUUUCUGGGAUACUUCAAAAGGCACUAUUUGUACCGGACUUGCAGUCCAUUGCAGUUAAAAAUAUUAGCACUCAUUUUUGUCUUAAAACAGGCAGCGUGAAUUUAUAUCAGAUUAAAGACGCAACUACCAUUCUAAAACGAAGAAUUCAUUGCCAGCAAUGUAAACCAGGUGCGGAGGAGAAUGACAUUUUCUGCACUCAGCUGCCUCGUUCACAGCUGAUGCUAGCAUCAAACGGGUAUCAAAGUGCUAUAUUGGUACCACUUCCAGUAGAAGACCAUCAGUUUCCAUUUUCUGAGGACGACUUGGAACAGUUAUUCCGAUCCGAGGACAGCGCAACGCGCGUUGAAAUGGUAAAAGUUCUAGCAGUUAUGUUGAAGCAUAACGAAAUAAUAACAAACCAGAGAAUUCUGCCGGCUUGGAGUGAACUUAUCUCGUGCGGGAUUGUUGAAGUGUACGUUGCUUUUGCUGAUAUAUUCAACUCUCUGAUGGAAUCUGUGCAGAGCGCGAAAAUUGACAGCUCGGAACGUGAUAAAAUCAUUCAAACAUGCAUGGACAAAUUGCUCCAAGCAGUACGUCGCAGUGUGGACAAACCGGAUUAUAAUCACCAAUCGGUAGUGAUGAAUAUGGUCCUACGGUUCGCCUCAAGUCCGGGCAUCGGCGAACAGCGAUUGAUACACUGCAUUCGAAUGAUGUUCUUUUUCCUUAUGCUUCGAGAGUCGGAGGUGACCCGUGAGGCCAUACUGCUUGUGGAGGAAAUGUGCGUAAAACAUGGCGUUACUCCACGUGAUAUGUUCAAUUGGUAUCGGCACGAUAUCGUCAAGUUGAUAAUGGCCAUGUGUGCUACUAACUAUUGCUGUUAUGAGAUUUCUCUGUCGAAGUCAUUGAGUCAUGUCAGCAAAGCUUUCCAAUUUUCAUCUGGUCCAGUUGAAUUUCUCACUAAGUAUUAUAAAAUAGUUCUUGCUAUGCUUCUUCCGUGGUGUGUAAAGCGUCCCAAAUGUGCACCUCUGCUGCAAGAGUUAUGCGAAAUUAUUCGGACGGAUAUAACUGUUCUUUUAUCGAAAUCUUUCUCCACUAUUUAUCCGUACCUAUUUAUCAACGAGUCGGCUGCAAUCACUAAUCAAUGCAUUGACUAUAUAAUUACCAAUACAGGCAACACAUUGGUACAUUUACUGCAAUCAGACAUCAAGAAAACAGUUUCGGAAAUUUUGAUCUUCUACCAUCUGAACGCAGAGUGUGUCCUGCAUGCAUUUCGAAGUUUACUCGCGAAGGACGAGAACGAGGAAAUUACCACGGCUAAAAUGGCAGAAUAUAUUGCCGGUCGAUUUCUGGGAGUUUUGGCUUUUUUUGAAGCGUCGCUUGUAAAUGUGGACAAUGAAAAGGCGCUCAAGCGUGAGACGCUUCUUAGUCUAGGUGAAAUUAUUCGCCUGUUAGGCGGUUCACAUAUUACGCCGUUUCGGUUUAAAAUUAUUGCUCUGCUGAAAACCACCAUGGCUAUUGAGGAACCAAACUUGAAAGAUAUUUGCAUUAAAGUGUGGCGAAUUUUCAUUUGCACGGUGGAUGUUCAACAGUUGGGGCCACUGUUAAGUACUAUUUUCGUAUCUCUGGGACAAUACAUCGACCAAUUCCAGGAAGAUAUUAACUACAUCUUUCACUAUCUAGUGGUUCAAAACAAUAGUAUAUUGAGCCAACAUGUUCCGGAUUUGUUUUUUCUAGAUCAAACUAAUGUUAGUGAGGAGAUAAGGAAAAUCGUUUCAGCACAAUCCAAAAACGACCGUGGCCGCGAUCAAUUUUUACUACGUUUCACCGAGCUAGUUAAACAUGUUACGCAUGAAAACCUUUCGGUGCGGAUUUACGGAUUGAAAUAUUUGAAGCAACUGUUUAUGGAGAAUCGUCGCAAAUUAAAUGAAUUAAUGGUAGGCCAGUUGACAUUCAAUCCAUUGAUGGAGGAACUGCUGAACAAUCUAAUUAAAAGCUGUAGUGACAUUGAUAUUAAUUAUCGCUUAAAUGCAUCGGAGUGCAUGGGAGAGUUGGGCGCAUUGGCACCUAGCUAUUUACCGCCUAACUACGCACCACAGGACAGCUUUGCACUAAGCAUCCAUUCGGACGCCUUCGCUUCUAUGGCGUUAGCUGAGCUAUGCCGCGCUUAUCAAUCUCAGAAAGAUACAAAAUUUGUUGAUAGUUUUUCACUAGCUAUUCAAGAUAUCCUCGUGGAACGUGGAGUAUCUCCAAGCGACGGUAAAAAACUAAAUGUGUGGCAUACCAUACCUGAGCGUUUGCGACCGUUAAUGGAACCACUGCUGACUUCAUCCUACACGGGGCUUACGCGAAUAUCAACCCUCGAGUGCCAUCCGAUUUUCGGCAGCUCUAGGGCUCAAUCCUAUCAAGAAUGGGCAUUUCUGUGGGCGUCACAGAUGAUUGAAAAAAUGGAAAAAAGUAAGACCCAAAGCUUACUGAAAUCGUUUCAGCCGAGCAUUCGAUGUGACAUGAAAACAAUGGCAAUGUUUCUGCCGUAUAUAUUGCUGCAUGGUAUUCAGAGUAGCACUGAGGAUAACCAAAAACGCAUAGUAGAGGAGUUGCAGUUUCUUUUUAACGCUAUCAUGAACAACAAUCCGGAAGUGGACAGUCCUGAGCAGCAAGAUGGCUAUAUUCGUGGAUUGCGAAGCAUGCAAUUUGUGGCAAAAGAAUUCAAGUUGCAUGGCUCUGAUGCUGCUGAGGUGACAGAUAUGUCGUUCGAGUGUGCCAAACUUGCAUUUACACUGCUGGACUUUUUGGAAAAAUGGAAACGCCAAUGGCGAAAGGCAUAUCAGCUUGAUCCGAGUAAAUCAGAUUUCCAUUGCGUCGAUGCGUUCCUUCGGCAGUUCGAUGGGGAAAUGUUGGCUAAAAUUAAUUUCAAGUGUAACGAAUAUGCACGCUCUCUCAUAUAUUUAGAAGAGUUUAUUGAAGAUGAUCCAGCAAGGCUGCAGCAACAUUUAGGAAUGUUGGCAAGAAUUUAUACUUACUUGAACGAUCCGGAUUCAGUUGAAGGAGUCGUAGGUCUGAAAACUACAGAACCAACUCUGUCCGAACAGAUUCUUCUGCAUAACGCUACCGGUCAACUUAAUCAAACUGCGGCUUGUUACGAGUGUAUGCUGCAGGAUGGUGAUGUGACUGCUUUCGAUAUUCAUAAUAUGGUCGAAUGUUAUCUCAGGUUGGAUCAGCCGCAUACUGCACUACUGCUGUCGGAGAGUUUACUAAAUAAGUAUUAUGACCAGAAUGUGCAGUCACUCCUGCAGGAAAUUAAAACCGAACCACUAUAUCGUCUGGGCCGUUUCGAUGAAUUGGAAGAACUGUUACAAACACCGGUGCUUCAGGAAAGCGACAGUUGGGGUGCAGUAUGUGGAUCCCUUAUGGUCAGUUACAAGAAGAAUCAACAUGAGUUGUUUAUGGAAAAGUUAAAGCAGGCUAGAUUAGCCGUUCUGAAAUGCCUGCGAAAUGCUGAUCUAAAGCUUAGUGCUUAUGAAAAGGGAUAUGAACAGGUCUUGAAACUACAUAUGAUCACUGAGUUCGAGAAAUGCGAACAAAUUCUGGACAGUAUACGGUCGUCCGGGGGGCUAGUCAACAGUCACUCAGAUAUCAGAAACUUGAUAGCAGACUUCGAACAGCGUUUGGAUCUUCUUCAGCCGAACGCUACCACUGUUGAGCCAAUUAUAAGCCUUCACAGAGUAUUGCUAAAUGAGACAAAGGUUUUUAUUAAUGGGCUAUCGUCUAGCGACACCCAAAGCGUCAAUAUAAAGCAAAUAAAUGAAACUAUCGACGAACAUAUUGGCAAAUUGUGGAUAAAAAGUACAGAGCUGGCGUCUAGAGCAAAAAUGUUUGAUCAAGCUCAUCUGUAUAUUUUGCACGCGGAACACUAUAAACCCAAAGAAUUGUUUAUCAAAAAAGCAAAGCUGUUGUGGGAAGGACGUAAAAUGUCAAAUGCAUUUCAAGUACUAGACCGAGGACUGGCAGAUAUUUUGCAAAAAACCAAUGUUUCAGAGGUAAAACAAUUAUCACUGGAGGAUAAGGCUAUCUACGCAGAAGGCAAACUUAUGAUAGCCAUAUACAAUGCCGAAGCCUCUAAUGUUUCUGCAAGCGUAAACCAGAGAUGCUUCAAAGAUGCAGUCGUGGCUAAUCCGGAAUCUGAAAAAAGUAUGGUUCAUUUGGCACAAUAUUUAGAUAAGCUUUAUGUGACUUUCUCUGCUGACGACCAAAAUACUGCCAAAGGUUGGGAAUUACUGCAGGAAAUAAUGACUUAUUAUGGAAAAUCUAUGAUGUAUGGUUAUACUUACAUUUACCAAUCGAUGCCGCGAGUUUUGAGCAUUUGGCUUGAUUGUACUUCCCGAGGUUUCAAUAACGAUUCUUAUCGUAAAAUUUGCUCAAACAUGAACAAGCUUGCGCUGAAGUUUAGCGAAACUUUAUCACCGUAUUUCUUUUUCACUGCGUUUUCUCAACUGAUCAGCCGUGUGGCUCAUCCAUCGAUCGACGUCUACCAGGUGCUUAAAGCUAUAAUAGUCAAACUAAUUCUGCACUACCCUCAGCAAACGCUUUGGAUGAUGCUGAGUGUAUAUAAAUCGUCCUAUGCAAACCGCGUGAAAAGAUGUCAUGAGAUUUUUCACGACAAAAAGCUUGCCAAAACUUCAAUUCAAAAACUGAUAAACGAUUUUAACGCGAUGGCUGAGAAAUUCAUCGAACUGACGAAUAAAAACCUCGAUAAUGUGAAAGAUAUGAAGUUUAAAGUUUCUUCAGUAGUAAAGUCGCUUCCAAAACUCUUCGAAGAUAGUAAUUUCUCCGACAUAAUGAUGCCGAUUCAAAAAUGCAUGCAGCUGGUGUUGGAUAAAAAUUCUUCGACGUUUUCCCCGUAUCCGAUGGAUCUGGUCUACAUUCAGGGGAUACGAGAAGAGGCUGUAAUACUGCAAUCACUGCAAAAACCCAGGAAGGUAACCCUGAUCGGCCAUGAUGGUCGUGAUUAUGUCAUGAUGAUGAAACCGAAGGACGAUCUUCGGAAGGAUUUCCGCCUAAUGGAAUUCAACGCUGUAGUUAAACAGUAUCUCUACCAGGACCCGGAUGCCAAGCAUCGCCGUCUGAACAUCCGAACGUACGCCGUACUACCGUUAAACGAAGAGUGCGGCAUUAUCGAAUGGGUAGAGAAUCUCAGUACCUUCCGCAACAUUCUCUGCACCUAUUAUAAGCAACGUGGUAAAGGAUUACCAUCUAAAGAACUGCGAAAUUACAAUUUCAAACGUCACGAGCCAUUGCAGACUAAAAAGGAUGCUUUUCUGAAUGUACUUGUGCCGCGUCACCCUCCGGUGUUUGGUGAAUGGUUUCGGGAUCGCUUCUCAAAUCCACACAAUUGGUUCCAAGCCAGAAGUUCGUAUGUAAGAACCACGGCAGUCAUAUCCAUUGUUGGCUACAUACUUGGGCUGGGCGAUCGUCAUGGUGAAAAUAUUCUUUUCGAUGCCAAGAAUGGCGAUACGGUGCACGUUGAUUUCAAUUGUUUGUUCAAUAAAGGCGAAACAUUUGAAAUUCCAGAACUAGUGCCAUUCCGUCUCACACAUAACAUGGUGAAAGCUAUGGGACCUCUUGGUGUCGAAGGACCGUACCGCAGAUGUUGUGAAAUUACCCUGAGAGUUUUACAGAAUCAAACUCCUACCCUUAUGUCGGUACUUAAACCGUUUGUCUAUGAUCCGCUGGUAUCAUGGAGCAAAAUAACUAAACACGACGGCAUGACCGAACGAACGGAUCCUCAUGCAAUGAGCAAUGUGAAACAUAUUGAAGAGCGAUUAAAAGGGUUUGUUCGAGUUCAGGGCAGCACAUCGCAGAUUCCCCUCUCGGUAGAGGGCCAAGUAAAUCAUUUGAUAAGCGAAGCAACCGAUUUAGACACCCUAGCUCAGAUGUACAUCGGUUGGGCUGCAUAUAUGUGA